GCUGAGUAAUAUUAUGUGUCACUUAAAAGAAAGUAGACUCGUUGAAAAGCAGGAUUAAUGGGAAACUCAAUGUUCAACGAAAGACGUGCGCCUUUUUUGGUAGAGAUAUUUCGUUGAUAUUAUUUUCUUUGAAAUAAUGAAAGAAUGUGGAAAGUCAGAGAAUAAAUCACAAUGACCUACAGUAAAGCAACAAUAUUUGAAUCAUGAUGAAAUCAACCAAGUGAACAUGUACAAAUUUUAAAACAUCAACUAUGGAUCAACGAAAUGUAUAACGUAAUGUGAGAAUGGAAGGUAAUAAAAUGGUAUUUAGUCAGAACCAAAAAAAUAGACUCAAAGAUUAUUGUCGACCGACGCCGGCACGUUUGCACAAUGAUCGUAGAUCACCGACUUUUUCUAUAUCACCAUGAAUGACAAUGGUAGGCUUUCCAGAUCCCUUACCUGCAUUAUUAACUUUACCCAUUAAGACACGUUCAGCAACGCGCUGUAAGUCUUGACGAGUAAGACUCGAUAUACGAUCGCACAUUUCACUUGGUGAAACAUAGGCUCCAUUUUGUGUUUGAAUCUGACGUCCCAAAUCCUCCAAAGAAAUCAUUCUGCUUUCAAGGUUCAUAAGCAAAGAACUGCGAAGCUGCUUCUUCGCACGUUCAACUUCUACGGCAUCCAAAUUCAACACAAGGUUGCACAAUUCUCUUAGUAUAACGGGUCCCGCAAGAUGAGAAGCGUCGUCCAAGAUACUGAUAAAGAUUCCGAACAAUCCGGAAUCGGAGUAACUGUGAUUGAACGCCAUACAUGUUUCAACCCAAGGAUACUGGUUUAAUACGUUGAGAUAAAGACGUGAAUACAUUCCCUUUCCAGGACCGCCCGCACUGAAGGAGCCACCGCCUCCUAGCAAGAAUUGCAAACAUGCCAAUGCAUAGAUAUCCGGAUCUGUGACUGAGAGGCCUUCCAUUGCAAUAACAAUAUGGCUGAAAUCUUUAAGAUAUGGAAUUUCAGGAGCCUCAAGCUUAUUAAUGGCCUUUUGUCCUCCGAUAUAAGUAGCAGCAGGGUAAGCCAAGGGUUUACUUGUACGCGGUAAGUGACCGUACUGUUCCAUUGUUAAUUCUUUUCCAACCUCAAUGGGAAUGCCAGCGUAUGCCAACGUUAGGUUCUCUGGACGAUAAAAUGAUUGAAUGUACUUGCGUACAUUUUCCCUCGUGAUGUUUUUUAUUCCUUUAGGUUCACAAACGAGCGAGUUACCCAAUGUCCUUUUACCAAAAGCCGUAGCAUGGGUGAAUUCCUCCAGUAAAAGGUCUGGUUUUUUCCAUAUGUCACUGAUUUCAAAGGAUAUACUGUCCUUGAAAUGAAGCAAAUCCUCGUCCGUAAAGUCCGGAUGUAACAUAGUUUGAGCUAAUAACUGGCUCAUUACUUUGACAUCAUAAUUGAAAACCGCAGACUGAUAGACCAGAGAUUCCCUGCCAGCGGAGCACAUAUGAUUUCCUCCGAGAGACUCUAGCUUCUGCUGCAUUUCUGUUUUCGACAUUGUUGACGUUCCUUGAAAAGCCAAACGAUCCAUAACAUGGCUUAAUCCAAUUAACGAACCAGUCUCAAAUCUAGUUCCAGCUUUUACGUAGGCUCCCAUUCCUGCAAAAUGCCCUUUCCUUGGAUCACAGACAUAACGGACGCCGUUAGGAAGGGUGUUUACUUCGACCUUUGCUUUCGCGGCAACAUUACUCAAAUUUCGAGAUAAAGUAGGUAUGUUUUUCCCUAACUGAACUCCUCCUAAUGCCUUGUAAGAUAAAGGUCGGCUUUGGAAGCCGAAAAUUGCCUUUUUCAGGUACAUUGUUAAACAGAGGAACGAAGCGUACCUUACACGUUCGCACUAAGCCAAUUUAAAAAAUUAAAUAUUCCAUUAUACUGCUGAACAUCGUACUUUCGUUGAAAGAAAAAUACUACUGAAACUAUAGUACGUAAUAUAGCUGCAAUUCCUUUAAUAUAAGCAUUCCCAACUGCAGCGUUAAGUAAUUACAAAAACUCAGUGUGGACACUUAAAGUCUCGUCACAUUAGCUCAAAGCUACGCAAUCAGACAUCCGUACAGUCCAGUUGAACAAGAAAAGCUGUACUCUAGUCUAUUAAUAUAUUCUGUCAUUGAAUUCAUUCAUUAAAGGAACUACAUCCUAUUUAGUUUUUCGGAGAUCCACAGAGCUCCUAAACAUCAAUCCUUAACUUUCUACUACCAUCAUUCCUAAAUGUUUACACGUAAUGUGAUGAUAUUACCAAAGAUGGCACAUUCAAUGUGCCAGAGAUUUGUGUCAUCCAACAGUUCCAUACUCGCAAGAGAAAUAGGCCACUUUGACGACCUUGCUAAAACAUGGUGGGAUUGGGAUGGCAGCAGCCGUCUGUUGCAUUUAAUGAACCCUCCUCGUAUCGACUUCAUACGCUCUAUUGUCAAACAGAAAAAUUGGUUCCCGGGAAAACGAAUUCUCGACGUUGGAUGCGGUGCAGGAAUUCUCAGUGAAAGUCUAGCUCGACUCGGCGCUCACGUUGUUGGCUUGGAUGCAUCUCCCGGGACCAUAGAGGCUGCACAACAACAUAUGAAACAAGACCCUAGUUUACAGAACAAGUUGCGGUAUAAACUUGGCUCAAUAGAGAACACCAAUUUUAAUGGGAAACAAUUUGACGCGGUCACUGUCAUGGAAGUUGUGGAACACGUCGCAGAGCCCGCAAACUUCCUAAAUGAAUUAAUGCGGCAUGUUAAGCCAUUGGGAUAUGUCUUCUUGUCAACGAUUUCAAGAACAAUGGUUUCACGCCUGCUCACUCUCACGCUCGCAGAAAAUGUUCUUCAUAUUGUCCCGCCAGGAACACACACUUAUGAAAAAUAUAUCCGACCGGAGGAAAUGCGAGAGUUUUUUCUUGAAAAAGGAUGGGCAGUAAAUGGAGAACGCAGUGUUGCAUUCAAUCCUUUCUUAGGAAAGUGGGUUCUUGGUGCGCCUGGAACAAAGGUUUGGUGUAAUUACUUCUUUUCAGCCCAGAAACCAGCAAUGCGUGGAAAGUAGAAAUGCAUAACUGUAUUUUUGCUCAUUAUUGCUAAUUGGCCAUCAACCAAGAAGUCUUAGGACUUUUCACUACUGUGCUGUCGUAGCUUCUUUUGUUUCCUCAUCAACGAAUUCGGGCAAAUCGUUCAAUGGUUGCAGAUACGCCGGCAACCCGUUCGUCUGCUCCUGCUGCUCGGCCCACGUUUGAUCUUGUUGCAGUGCUUCAAGUUCUGCAUCCAACUCUUCGUCAUCAAUGUCGACCGAGCUCAUAUUCUGGCCGAGGAUAUCAUUUAGUUCACCAGCAGAAUCCAAAUACUCUUGCAGUUCAUCUUGUAAAGCGUCAAUUUUCUCUAAAGAGAUUUGCUUGUUCUGUGCUUUCAAUUGCUUGGCUGUUUGCUGCAAAGCCUGUACACUAACCAUUGUGUUCUUUAAUGAUUCUGUAGUCAUAGCUGUUUGUUCCAUAUUAAAUGACUGCUGCUGCAACUGUUGCAGUUGCGACUCAUACCUACCGAGGUUAGAAUUUACGUUUCAACGUUAAUGAACGGAACUUAUGUAUCUUGUUGUAAUCCUUAGCCAACCCAGCCUUACUUACAGUUUCUUCUGUUUCAAUACAUUCAUGGCUCGCUGCCGAAUGCUGUUCAAGAGGGGACCAGGUCUCGUUGUGUUCAUCUUUUGCUGCAAAGCGGACAGUUGACCGUCUAGUUUUGCAAUCUUAACUUCAAUCGAGCCACUUCUCUCGUCUAACUAUAGCAUUUCUGUUAGAUAUAUCUUCUUUCUCAUGAAUUCGUUAAACACCACGACACACGACGUACGGAUUGAAUAGCAUCUGUAAUUGAAACCGUAGGUUCCUCCUUUUUUUUUCCAAAUAGGCGGUACAUCGUGCAGCUCGAGGGUAACUUGCAAAAAAUUCUUUAACAAUGUAGUUUCACAAAGGGGAAAAAUUAAUAAUACGUGUAUAAUUAGAACUGGAAGUAAACAAAAUCCUAUAUUCGAUAUCCCAGCUAAACUUCCAAUUCUUUACUUCAACCGAGCUCAAUUUCUAUUCAACUUUUCUUUCUGUAAACCAAAAGCUAUUUCGAAGAUGAUUUUUGGUGGAGAGUUUAUUGAGAGGGGAAAUAACAAUUUGGCAAUAUCAUCCACACAAUUAAUCAUAGUAUAAGAGCUACAAGAAGAAAACUAUCGUCAAUGCCACUGAAAAGCACUAGAACGUCCUUACUAAUUCAAUUUCUCAUUAUAUAUCUCUAUUCCGCU